AUGUGCUGUGGAACAAAGGUGUGCUGUUUCUGCCUUUGCAUCAUACUAGUGGUUAUAGCCAUUGGAAUGCUCUUCGGUUUUGGGGUAUUCAAGCAUGGGUUUCACAAAUUGAAGGAUACGGUGCAUGACUACGAUCCCACCGCCCUACUGCUAGUACCAGAGCCUCCUGCCACCACAAAACCAUCUGAACCACAAUUAGAGUACUUCACCAAGAAAAUGGGAUGCAUAUACAAGGACCCAAAUGCCCCUAUCGAAUCCAGAAUCAAAGACCUCCUUUCCCGGAUGACCCUCAAAGAAAAGAUCGGCCAAAUGACCCAGAUCGAACGCAGCGUUGCAACGCUUACUGCCAUUAAAGACCGCUGUAUAGGAAGUGUGCUGAGUGGGGGUGGAAGCAAGCCAUUUUACAAGGCGAAUUCGGCCGACUGGGCUGAUAUGAUUGAUGGGUUCCAGAAUGCGGCGCUGGAAUCGCGCCUUGGCAUUCCUAUGAUCUACGGGGUGGAUGCGGUUCAUGGCAAUAAUAAUGUUUAUGGUGCUACUAUUUUUCCUCAUAAUAUUGGUCUUGGUGCCACCAGAGAUGCAGAUUUGGUUAGGAGGAUAGGGGAGGUAACUUCUCUUGAAGUCAGGGCAAGCGGGGCUCAGUAUGCCUUUGCACCAUGUGUUGCUGUUAGCAGAGAUCCCAGAUGGGGAAGAUGUUAUGAGAGUUAUAGUGAAGACACUGAAGUUGUCAGAAAGAUGACCUCCCUUGUUACAGGCUUGCAAGGGCAACCACCUGAAGGGCAUCCCAAGGGUUACCCUUUUCUUGCUGGAAGAAAAAAUGUUAUUGCAUGUGCCAAGCAUUUUGUGGGUGAUGGUGGAACUGAUUAUGGUACAAAUGAAGGGAAUACUAUGACAUCAUAUGAUGAUUUGGAGAGGAUCCAUAUGGCACCAUAUCUUGAUUGUAUAUCUCAGGGAGUUUGCACCAUAAUGGCAUCCUACUCUAGCUGGAACGGAACCAAACUGCAUACUCACCAUUUUCUUUUAACAAAAAUCUUGAAAGAAAAGCUGGGAUUCAAGGGCUUUGUGAUUUCAGAUUGGGAAGCACUGGACCGGCUAUGUGUUCCGCGUGGCUCAAACUACCGUCACUGCAUUUUGUCCACUGUCAAUGCAGGAAUUGACAUGAUCAUGGUGCCUUUUAGAUUUGAAUUAUUUUUGGAAGAAUUUAUGUCUCUUGUGGAAUUAGGGGAGAUACCAAUGACCAGGAUUGAUGAUGCUGUUGAGAGGAUUCUUAGAGUCAAAUUUGUUGCUGGGAUUUUUGAGCAUCCCCUGAGUGAUAGAUCUUUGUUGGAAGUGGUUGGUUGCAAGCCACAUAGAGAAUUGGCACGUGCAGCCGUUCGCAAAUCCUUGGUUUUGCUAAAGAAUGGAAAGGAUCAAAAGAUACCUUUUCUUCCAUUAGACAAGAACGCUAAGAGAAUUCUCGUUGCUGGAACACAUGCUGAUGAUCUUGGAUAUCAGUGUGGAGGGUGGACGGCCACAUGGGAAGGAAAGAGUGGCAGAAUCACAGAUGGCACAACUAUUUUGGACGCAAUCAAAGAAGUCGUGGGAAGCAAAACAGAAGUUAUAUACGAGCUGCAUCCUUCCCCGGAAACAUUUUCUGGUCAAGGUUUGUCCUAUGCUGUUGUAGCUGUUGGUGAAGCUCCGUAUGUUGAAACUGGCGGUGACGAUCCAGUGCUCAAAAUUCCUCUUAAUGGUGCCGAAUUGGUGAGCUUAGUCGCCGAUCAAGUUCCCACAUUGGUAAUUCUAAUUACUGGAAGACCUUUAGUAUUGGAGCCAUGGCUCUUGGAAAAAAUAGAUGCUCUGGUUGUUGCUUGGUUGCCCGGAAGUGAAGGACAUGGAAUCACAGACGUUAUCUUUGGAGAUUACGGAUUUCUUGGACGGCUUCCAAUGACGUGGUUUAAAAGUGUCGAUCAACUGCCAUUGCAUAUUGGAAAACAGAAUUCGUACGACCCUUUGUUUCCUUUUGGCUUCGGGUUAAACUAUGAAAACAAGGGGGAUUUGAACUGA